UUACAUUUUGCUAUCUACAACUAAUUGAGAUGUCGGUUGAUCCUAUAACAUGCCAUAUAUUGGAUACUGCCAUUGGUAAGCCAGCUGCAGAUGUCACCUGCUCAAUUUAUCGUAUUUCGCCAUUGAUAAGUGACAAAUCCCAAGAAUCUGCCUACGACAUAAGCUCCAACCAAAGACCAUUUGCCAUGGCAAGAACAGACCAAGAUGGUAGAAUCAAAAAUUGGGUGAUUAAUCCAGAGUUGUCAUUGAAGGAUAAGGAAGCCAUUGGAAUUGAAAACAUCGACUGGAGUGUCUUGAAGCCAGGCAUAUAUAAAAUCAAGUUUUUAACUGGUAAGUAUUUCAAUGAUUUGGGUAAGGCCAAUAGAACUUUUUUUCCCUUUGUUGAGAUACAUUUUCAAAUAGACAACCCUCCUGAUCACCAUUAUCACAUUCCGUUGUUAUUGAGUAACCAUAGCUAUACAACUUACCGUGGUAGCUGAUCUAGAAAGACGUCUACAAAUGAAAAUAAAAUGAUAAAAAGUAUGGCAUAAAAAAGAACUAAAAAGGAAUGAGAAAUGAAUAUAAAUACGUAAAUUUAUGUAAAUGAUUUGUUCUCUUAUAUAUAAAAGAAAUAAAGAACAACCUUGC